CUCCACUGGUCGGUGUUUAGUCCGGAAUAGAACGCACACGCAUACUACUGUCAUGAUGGCCACUCUAACUAAAGCUGUAAAACCAAUCUUGGGAAGGCAGUUGGGAAAUACAGCAAAGGUCUUUGGCGCAGCAGUUAACAGUCAAAGAGGAAAACCUACAUACACAGGACAAAUCAUACCUCCUCCCGCCAAGUAUGGAGGCCGGCAUACUGUAGCAUUGAUUCCUGGAGAUGGGAUUGGACCCGAACUGCUUAACCAUGUGCGGGAGCUCUUCAGGUUCAGCUGUGUUCCUGUGGACUUUGAGGUGGUGCACGUAAAUUCUUCAUCUACCAGUGAGGACGACAUCAACAAUGCCAUUAUGGCCGUUCGCCGCAAUGGAGUUGCUCUUAAGGGUAAUAUUGAGACCCAACACACAAUGCCCCCUAACCACAAGUCACGAAACAAUCUUCUACGCACGAGUCUGGAUUUGUUUGCCAAUAUGAUGCACUGCCAGUCACUUCCUGGAGUCCAGACGCGCCACAAAAACAUCGACAUCAUCAUCAUCAGAGAAAACACAGAGGGCGAGUACAGCAGUCUGGAGCAUGAGAGUGUACCAGGAGUUGUAGAGUGUCUAAAAAUCAUUACACGGAACAACUCCCUCCGCAUCGCUGACUAUGCCUUCAAACUGGCCCGAGAGAAAGGUCGCCGCAGGGUCACAGCUGUCCACAAGGCUAACAUCAUGAAGCUGGGAGACGGGCUGUUCUUGCAAUGCUGUAAAGAGGUGGCCUCUGGAUACCCAGACAUUGAGUUUGAUAGUAUGAUUGUAGACAACACCACCAUGCAGCUUGUUUCCAAGCCCCAGCAGUUUGAUGUCAUGUUGAUGCCUAAUCUCUAUGGAAAUGUGGUCAGCAAUGUGUGUGCGGGGCUGGUGGGUGGACCCGGUCUUGUUCCUGGUGCCAACUAUGGGCGAGACUACGCUGUGUUUGAAACGGGCACCAGGAAUACAGGAAAGAGCAUUGCCAACAGGAACAUCGCCAACCCCACUGCCAUGCUGCUUGCCAGCUGCCUCAUGUUAGAUCAUCUCAAACUUCAUGACUAUGCCAACAUGAUCCGAGGUGCGAUUCUCACCACCAUGAAUGAGACCAGGUUGCACACAGCUGACAUUGGGGGUCAGGGCACUACCUCAGAAGUGGUUCAGUCUAUCAUGAGGAUCAUCCAGAGCGGCGGCCCCCGCACCACUGAGAUCUAAACGGAGUCAGCGUCACUCCACCGCUCUGACACAUCAGCUUCUUAAGGAAAUCUGCGCUUCAUUAGAUGUCUCAGUAACGUUGCUUUCACUUUAGACGAGAGAUUUAUUCCUGAAUCAUGCAGCUUUUAUGGGGAUCAGGAGUGGAGAUGGUAUCACAUGAAAUACAACAUACUUCAGCUUUGUGAUUGUGCUGCUUCUUGGGCAUAGUGGUCUUUUCAUGGGAACUGCAGUGUUUUCAGAUUUAUCGUAUUGUAUCUAAAAGAUUAUAUUAAUGUUAUGCUAAUACAGUAUUUAUGAUGAGGGCCUGGCGUUGGAUUUGUGUUUCUGCUGCUCAGUUGCAUUCCACGUUUUAUCCAUUCUUGUCAUGUUAUCCUCAAGGACAACAUAUUCAUUUUGGGUUUAUACCUUUUGGGUUUGCUUUAUUGGCCCUGAACAAAUCUCCAGCUGUCCAUUUACAUAAUUAUACUUGUAGGAACUACAGCAUUUUACUUGUUUAUCUGCCUUUAACAUUUGGGUGUUUAAAUGGACUUCAUAUUAUGGAUAUCCAUGAGAUGAUAUUUUAUUUUAGGCUUUUGUGCUGUGUUAUUAUUUACUUAAUGUUGGUCUCAUGUUGCAUCAGUUGGUCUGGACCUUUAUGUUCCUGUAUUGUCUUGUGAUAUGCAGUGCUUAACAGCAUGUGAUCAGUCUGGAUCUGUCACUGUCAUCUUUUGAGUUAAACAUGCACAUUUUCCAUCAUGUCUUGUAAAGCAGUGGUUCUCAAACUUUUUGACUCCAAGGCUUCCAUUUUCAGUUUCUACCUGAUAAAAUAUAUUAAAGCUUGGCGUAACUAUGUACAGUCAAUAUAAAUGUAGUUUUUGUUUUGUUUUGAAUUUACAUGGCUUUUCCAGGUCUAGAAACCACACUUUUAAAAUUAAAUUAAAACUUAAAUUUAAUCCAUUUUAAGUCAUCUAAGUCAUUUCUUGGUUGAGAAUCACUGCUCUAAGGGGUUCACAUCUAGACUGUUGCACAAAUCCUCAAUGGCUCACCGGUAAUCCAGAGACAUAAUGAAUAAAAUGUUUGUCCUAUUUAA